AUGCCAGUUGAAACUUUUCCAGCUAUUGAUAAUUACGACCAUCUUCCGCCAACUCCACUAAUUUACGGAUUCUCAAUCAUCACGUCGUCAAUAUUUUUCUUCUUACUUAUUAAUUAUUACGUCAAGUUGUUAACGGCCCCCGGAUCUGGGGCAGACGAUACGUGGAGAUGGAGGAAUUUAUUCAUAUCCUGGCUGCAUGCCCUGAUCGUGGGAACCUUGGAUUUGUGGAGUUUUUAUCUAUUUCCCGAGAUGAGAGUCGAUCUAAUAGCCUACAACAACAUGUACAUAUAUGCAUUAGUGGCCUUUUCUACUGGAUAUUUCCUGUAUGACUUCAUUGACAUUGCCAGGAAUGGGAGGCUGAAAAAAAUGUGGGAGGUCAUCCCCCACCACAUUGCUGUAGCAGGCACCUUCACGUACAACAUUGUUGCCAGUCGAUGUGUCGCGUACACAGUUGUUGCGCUGUUAUCUGAAGUUAACACCAUCUUUCUACAUUCCAGGAAACUGCUUCAAAUGUCCGUUCUGCACAAAUGUCCAUUCGACCAUUGGAUCUACAGGCUGAACGCGCUUUUGAACCUGGUAACUUUCGUCUGCUGUCGAUUUCUCUGUAACGCCUGGAUCACUUACGGCAUGUUGGCGACCCGCCAGCGAGUGUCCAUCUUCUACUUCUGGAUACUGGCGGCCGCAAUGUUCGUCAUGUGGGUCACUAACGUCAUGCUCUUCUGGAGAUUGGUGCAGAGUGACGUCAUCAGACCUUACAGAGAGAGAGAGAGAGAGAGAGAGAGAGAGAGAGAGAAACAGCAGACAAAAGACAAAACAACUAACAAUGAAAAUGACAUAUUUGAGUAA